GACGAGCAUAGCGCAUCGACAGACGCUUGCAAAUUUGACCGAGUGUUUAAUUUUUGUUGAGGGUUUAUAAACGACCAUUCUACCCGGAUUUGAUUAUCAUGGCUGUCCAAUAUCGGUACCUCGGUGGAACAGGAGUGAAAGUGUCCAAUAUCUGCCUUGGAACUAUGACGUUUGGGCAAAGCAAGAAUCCAAACAGACCUGGGCAAUGUGAUGAAGCAGCAGCUCAUAAGAUCAUGGACCGCUUCGCAGAGCUUGGAGGAAACUUUAUAGACACCGCUAAUGUCUAUGUAAUGGGCGUCUCUGAAUCCAUCGUGGGUAGCUGGUUGGCAAAGAGAAAGAGAGAAGACUUUGUGCUGGCAACUAAGGGUCGUUUUCAAAUGGAUUCCAACAAUCAGAACUCUGGAGGACUGAGUCGUAAGAACAUCACCUGGAGUGUGGAGGAAAGUCUGAAAAGGCUUAGGACCGAUUACAUUGAUCUGUACCAGAUUCAUGCCUGGGACCCUGCCACACCCAUCGAGGAGACGGUUCGUACCCUGGAUGACCUGGUGAGAGCCGGUAAGAUCCGCUACGUGGGGGCCAGCAACGUGACUGGAUGGCAGAUGCAGAAGAUCAUGGAUCUGUGUCAGUACAAGGGGUUCAACAGAUGGAUAACUCUACAGGCCCAGUACAGUCUUCUAAACCGAGAGUUAGAAUGGGAGUUGAUAGACUGCUGUAAGAAUGAAGGCCUUGGUAUUCUACCGUGGAGUCCGCUAAAAGGCGGUUGGCUAACGGGUAAAAUGAAUAGAGAAUCCGCACCGGAAGGGAGUAGGGUGGCGUUCGUUGAGACCAGGCCAGACAUGGCUAAGCAGAGCCAUCCCUCCUUCUCAGAAUUUGCAGGCGAAGAGAGAGUGUGGACUCUGCUCGACAUUAUGAAGUCGAUUGCAGAUGAACAAGGCAAGACUGUUAGCCAGGUGGCUAUUCGGUGGCUGCUACAGAAAGAAGCUGUAUGCUCCGUCAUCAUCGGCGUGAAGACGUUGGAACAGCUCAACAUCAACAUGGGCGCAUCCUCGGGAUGGGAGCUCACCGACCAACAGAUGGAGCGUUUGAAUGAGGCCAGUGCAGUAGCACUUCCAUACCCCUACAGCAUGCUAAAAAGAGUAGGCAAGGACCGUUUCCGGAGCGACUGGUGCCAGUAGAACAGAUGAGCUUCGACGCUGUAACGGUGACAAAGAAUUUGUUCCUCCCCUUUCAUCUUAAGGCACAUAUGUAUUGUACAAUAAGCCAUUAUUUUCACAAUUUGAUGAAUUAUAGUGAUUGCGAAUGUAAUAACAUGUGAAGAAGAGCUGGCUAUGCAUGUGUGAGUACUAUACAAUACUGUAUGAGCUAUUAUUGCCACGAAUUUGGGGAAUUAUAGGGAUCACAUAUUCAGUAAUAUUGAGCAUGAGCUAAAGAAUGACUUUUGUGUGAAUACAUAUUAUAUAUAGCUGUGUUUCUGCUCAACAACUCAGUACUAGCAAUUACUCUGAGUCACUCAGCACUUUGCCAUGACCCCUUUUUACAAAACUUGUCAUCAGUGACAAACGACAGUUUUUGUUAUAAGCUAGUGAAAUCCUUGCUUCUGAUUGGUUAUCAGCAGAUUUGUCACUGACUUUUGUCAUUUGUCAUUGAAAAAAGGCUUUGUGAAACAGGUCCCGGGUGUCUUGCUGCAGACAUCCAAAGGACAAGUUGUCUCUACAGAGCCAGAAGGACGUUCAGUCUGUAUCAAAGUGUAUGAGUUAACGCCCUUCUGACUCAAAACAGACAUAUGAAACUUCACUGCCAUUUCUUUAUAAAGCCUGAGAUGUUAAUAAUAAU